CAUUUCAUUUUUCACUCUAUAAUAGAAUUUACCCCAUAAAUGGAGUAAUCUAUUUUAUUUUUCAUCACUCUAUUAUGCAAUAAGAAAUAGAGUGGGGUUGAAACAUUUUUACUCCAUAAUCAUUUUUACUCUAUUUUAGAGGAAAAAUAGUGUUUUACAUUAGAGAUGCUCUGAGUACUUAGUUUAUACAAAUGAGUUAUAUUAUGUAAGAUCUAUAGGCUACAUUUCAAAUUAGAAUACAAUCGUUUGAAGAGAUCGCCUAAUUUGGGGUGAAAAAAGAUACUCACUAACUCUUUUCACUUUUUUAGCAAAAAAAAAAAGCUCUUUUCAUUUUGAAUACUCAGUGAUCAAUUUAACCUAUAGUAGAAUGUAUCAUCCUCCUCUCUGAGUUAGCACACAAGAUUGAAUCAAUCAUCAACGAUUCAUUUUUACAUGAUCAGAGAAGAUCGAUGCUCAUUAAUGAGACGGAGCAGGCUGUUUCUGGUUGUGGUGAGACGAUUUAGAAGGAGCCAAAGCUUUGCUGUAGAUUUGCUCGCCGACGAGGUAGACGCAGAAGGCGGCGACGCCGAUGCCAAGACCGGGAAGAGCGUGUCUCAUUUGGUUCGAGAGCAUCGGAUGCUUUCUCCACUCAUCUCUUCGCCGGUAGUACCCAAAGGCUUCGUCAUUUUCUCCGGUAUUGGAUUCAAAUCCUCCUCUGCGACCGUUCUGCCUCUUGCUAUGGAUCCAAGACUUCAACAAGCUGCUGAAUCUGGAAGCAUUGAUGGAUUGUAUGCUCUUAUUGAUGAGAAUCCAUACAUACUUGAGAACAUCGAUGCGGUACCAUUUAUCAACACUCCCCUCCAUGUAGCUGCAGCUUCCGGAAAUAUAGAGUUUGCCAUGGAGAUGAUGAAUCUCAAGCCAUCUUUUGCCAGAAAGCUGAACACAAGUGGGUACAGUCCAUUGCAUCUCUCUGUAGACAAGGGUCAUACAGAUUUUGUUUCCUGGAUGCUCAAGCAUGAUCACAGACUUGCUUGCGUCAAAGAGAGAAACGGCAUGACGCUAUUUCACUACCUAGUGGUAAGAGGAAACGUGGAUCUUGUGGCAGAGUGCCUCAAUGUUUCCCCUGAAUGUAUCGAAGAUGUGAGUGUGAAUGGUCAGAACGCUCUGCACCUUGCUGUGGUGAAUGAUAGAUUUGAAGUUCUUCAAGUUCUCACGGGAUGGAUCCAGAGAACAAGGCAAAGAAACGCUGGGAAGAACGAGUUCCGUUUUCUGAAUGAAGAAGAUUUCAGCUACAACACGGCCUUGCACCAUGCAGCAUAUAAGAAUGAUCUUCGGGCGGUAAGACUACUAUUAGAAUGUCGGUUGGUGGAGAGGAAUAAAGUAAAUGGUAAUGGUUUAACAUUCCUUGAUAUCUUAAGAAACCUGGAGAACUCAGGUGACUGUGACUUGGUUUUGGAACAAGUUAUUCUAAAGACCCGGUGUAAGGAGGCUGCAUCUAUGCCAAAAACUAAGGCACUAUGUGAUUUUUUGAAAUCUCCAUUUACUUUCUGGACAUUCUAUUCCACUGGUAUGAAACGCCUGAGGUCUAACAGUUCAGAAGAAGUUCGUGGAGCUUUCCUGAUUGUAUUCACUCUGAUAAUAACAGCUACGUAUCAGACUGGUCUCCAGCCUCCUGGAGGUGGACACCCAUCCAAGGAUCCAACAAAACAGGCAUUCUUCAUCCUUCUUUGGCUGUCCAACACCCUAGGCUUCUACUGCUCUCUAUUCUACACCUUUUCUUUCUUACCACUCAGGGGUCUGUUUACGUCAUGGUACAUUUCAAUAGGGACCUUGCUGGGAGUUUCUUAUGCACUAGCUGUGGCGGCAAACUCACCCGAUCCUGUAAUGUUUCUCAUGAUGACCUUUGGCAUCUUCCUGCUUUAUGUUCUCUAUCUCCUGUUGCUUGCUGUUGUUGGGUGGCGGAAGCAUGUGACAGCCCCACUUGAGCUGGUUUAGUAACCCUAAAAAUGAAAGGUUUAAUACCACACUAG